AUGUGUUUCCACGAGUAUGCCCAUUGCAAGUACUGCCGCCACACAGUCUACCAGAUGACUGACUGCCGCUGGUACCGGACCGAGUGGUCCAAGGUCUUAAUCGGUGUGUCCACGGCCACGGAGAAGGAGAUAAGGGAGGCCUGCCCCACGCGAGCCAAUGCCAUCUACUGCUUCCGUCUCGGGGAAUGCCCGAGGUACGAGGAAUGUCUCUCCUGGCAUUUGAGCCAGCAAAGCUGGUUUCCAAAUGGCCGACAGGAUGACAUGGCCUGGACCUAUGAGAAUCCCAGAGUCAUCCCAGAAGAGGAACUUCCGAGAACCUCCAGACUAGUCGAGGGCGACCCGUAG